UUUAUAAUUGACACGGUUUUCUUCUUUUAGCUGUAGUGAUUUAUCAUAAUGGAAAUUAUAUUUUUUCUAAUACAGUAAACUCACAAAUUCAUAUUGUGAGAAAUAUCUAUACGUUUGAUGAAACUCGUACUUGUUCGUGUAACCUCAAACUUAAAAUUAGUCUAAGAGAUCAUUAACAAUAUAGAUAUCUCUACAUUUACUUUUCAUUUCAACCGAACCAGCUCUCCAGCAGAAAGAAUAAUUUGAAAGUCUUCAAAUGGAAGUCUUUUGCUCUCCAAGAAGUUUUCAGCUUACAGUUCCCUUCCCAUUUCCUCCCCAAUUCUGCUGAUGGAGAAAGAUGGAUACGGUUGCAUAGAAAAGUCUGCAGUGAGAUCUCUAUCAUACGUUGAAGUGAAAAUUCAACUAAUUUCCUGGAAAAUUCAUGUUGUUUGUCCUGCAUUUCCACUUCUUGUCUGUAUAAAGUCAAUUGUGAGAAGAGAACCUUAAUCCCUCAUCAAAUAGAAGUUGAGCCAUAGUUUUGUCUUUGCACUUGAGCAUUCAUGUAAGAUACUAGUUGAGUAUAAGCCUCGAUAUUCGUUCAACAAUUUCUUAGCAAUCUCAUAUCCCAUCAUGCAAUUCGCAAUGGCUGAGAGCGUGGUGUCGUUUGGGAUGCACCAACUGUCAGCAUGGUUUUGCGAAGAGCAAGAACUGCUGGGAAGCAUUAGAAUAAACACUGACAAUAUUCGCGAUGAGAUUGGCCGCAUGAGAGCAUUCUUGAUGAUGGCCGAAGAAAGAGAAGAUAUCCACCCACAGCUCAGAGAAUGGGCUAAGCAAGUUCGAGACAUUGCUUACGAUGCGGAAGCUGUGAUGGACAAGUUCAUGCUCGGUUUUGCGUACGAGCACAGUGAUCGGAAUUGUGGCUGUCUUGGCAGGAUCUAUGUCUCAGUGAAGAAUUUGAGAUGUCGCCGUCAAUUUGCUUCUGAAGUCCGGGACUUGCAGUCCAGAUUGAAAAGUAUUUCCGAAGGCCAUCAUAGAUACAGAGACAUCCACAGCGCUGCGAGUCAACGAACCUCGAGCUCUGGCUUUGCCGAUGGCACAUGGUAUGACGGUCGAGGUGAUGCCCUUCUACUAGAAGAGGCAGAAGUUGUGGGCUUCGAAAAGCCAAAGAGACAAUUGAUUGAGUGGCUUUGUUCGUCAUAUAAUUAUGGGCUUCGAGUAAUUUCAGUCGUGGGCACAGGAGGGUUGGGCAAGACCACCCUCGCCAGAAAAGUCUAUGACGAUGCCGUAGUGAAAAUGCAUUUCCAUUCUCAUGUGUGGAUGACUGUUUCACACUCAUUCAAUCUGGAGGAGUUUUUAAGAAAACUGAUCAGAAAGCUCGUCGGGGAGAUCAAUCAACCAAGGCCUGAAGGACUGGACGCCAUGGAUGCUGAUGAAAUGAAAGAAUUCAUUUAUCAGUUCCUCCAGCGCAGAACGUAUGUUAUUGUUUUGGAUGAUGUCUGGAGACUGAAUGCUUGGGAAGCCAUCAGAUAUGCAUUUCCCAGAACUGGUGCUUAUGGCUUCGUUAUUAUUACCACACGUUUUCAUAGCAUCGGCCAUGGUGCUAGCAUUGAAUGCAAUGGCCAUGUCUAUAAUUUGGAGCCCCUGUCUCAAGAAGAAUCAAAGACAUUGUUCUGUAGGAAGGCCUUCUUGGGGGGCUCAUGCCCCACUUAUUUGGAGGAUGCUGCUGCAAUUGUCUUGAAGAAAUGUGAAGGUUUGCCGCUUGCCAUUGUAGUGAUUGGCAGCCUCUUAGCUACAAAGAACAACAGCAUCGAAGAAUGGAACAAAUUUGAUCGGAGUCUGGGUGAUGAAUUAGAAGGAGAUCAUCUUAGGAGAAUGACGAAACUACUCUCUCUCAGCUACUAUAAUCUACCUCACUAUCUGAAACCUUGUUUCUUGUACUUCAGCAUUUUCCCAGAGAAUUUCCGGAUUUAUAAGUCCAAAUUGAUCCGGUUGUGGGUGGCUGAAGGGUUCAUACACCCAAAGGAAGGGAAAACAAUGGAAGAAGUUGCAGAGGACCAUGUCAAGGAGCUUCUUGACAGAAGCCUCAUCCAAGUAGCAGAAACAACAAACUAUGGGAGGCCCAUCAGAGUUCGUGUGCAUGACCUUUUGCGGAUGAUCGUUUUAACCAAGUCCAAGGAGCAGAAUUUUGUGACCAUAGAGAGUGGAGGAGAAACAAGGUGGCCAAAUAAGAGCCGACGAGUAGCAAUUCAUUGUUCCACUGGAAAUACGGAAGAUAUCAAAGGUUGUGAUCAGCUCCGGUCGCUCCUAGUGCUGGACUCUGUCCAUGCAUUGUCUAAGAGGAACUUAUCUAAGUUGCUCUGUGCUGGUUCUAGUCCACUCAAAGUGUUAGAAUUGAAAGGUGCUUUAUCUGACAAGAUCCCGGAUCAUGUUUUCAGAUUACGUCUUCUGAAGUAUCUUGGCCUAAAGAACACAGUGGUGAAAACUAUUCCGAAGUCAAUUGCAAAGCUUAGGAAUUUGGAGACAUUAGAUCUCAGGUGCACAAAGGUUACAGAACUGCCUAUCGAAAUCCUAAAGCUCAGACGACUUCGGCACCUCUUGCUGUACAGCAACAAAAAGAGCAGAGGCUACCGGCCCUUUGACGAUGUACAGAGCUUUCAGGCUCCAUACAAAAUAGGAUGCCUUUCAGCCCUGCAGAAUCUUUCAGAUAUUGAAGCUACACAAGCUGGUGAAGAUACCAGUAUAGUGAGGGAGAUCGGAGAGCUGACAGAAAUGAGAAGUUUAGGCAUCAAGAAGUUGAAAAAAGAAGACGGAAAGGAUCUUUGCUCCUCACUUGCAAAACUCACCAACCUCCGUUCGUUGUAUGUUGCAUCAACUGCAGAGGACGAAAUCAUCGACAUGCAAUAUCCUGUAUACCCGACUCCUCCACUCGAAACGCUUGAACUAAGAGGCCGUCUACGCGAGUUACCUGAAUGGUUACCUGCUCUUCAUGGCCUUACCAGGCUGUAUUUGAGAUGGAGCAGGAUGAAGCAUGAUCCGUUAAACUCCCUCCAAGAUCUGCCUUAUUUGAUGGAGUUUGAACUAUCACAUGCUUAUGAAGGGGACAGGUUGUGCUUUAGAGCUUCAGGGUUUCAGAGGCUGAAGAAAUUAUGGCUACUAAGUUUAAACAGAUUACGGUUGGUAAUAGUGGAGAAGGGCUGCAUGCCGCUUCUCCAGGAACUGUAUAUGUCCGGCUGCAGAUCGUUGGAGGAGGUUCCGUCAGGCAUUCAACAUUUGGGCAGUCUACAACAUAUGGACUUCUCCGACAUGGCUGAGGGAUUUGUGACCAAAAUUGAGAGCCAGAGGGAAGGAGGGGACAAAUGGAACCUCAAAUCUAUGAGGAAGUGGAUGUAAGUAUUCUGCUCUUUCCUUUUGAGGGGUAUCAGCAACACCACUGACUCUAGCAACUAGCAUAACCUUGAAUAUGUGAACAUUUCUCUCCGAUUCGAUUGCAUUUUCAUCGAGGCCCGAAGUGCUCCUCUGCCUCGAUUCCAGCCGCCGUCUGAACGAUCAAGCCGCCGAACCACCACAAUUCGUCUGCCCAUCUCGCGAUGUGUCCAACGGACCCUCACCCAUCGAUUUUCAG